AUGACUCCAUCAGCAGACCAAGGACCGGAUCGCAAAAGAAAGCAGCAUCAAGGCGGUCGAGCUCCUAAAAGACAAAAGGCUUACAAGCCAAAGCCAGUCAAGGAGGGAUCAUCUGAAGAAGUUUUAAUAGCAGAUGUGCGAGCAUUGUUUGAGGCGCAGAAAAUCUCCAAUGCUUCUCAGGUCCCAAUCGAAAAUGGAAACCCCGAGUCUGCGAAGGUCGAAAAUGGAGCAGAACAAGAGCAAUUAGCAUCCGCUGAAUCAGCGUCCGUUGCGACAGGCACUCAAUUAGAAGCAGCAUUACCAGAGAGAUUCACGGAGAUCGAAGUCAAGGUCGUUGAGAUAUCAUCUACAGGAGACGGACUUGCGCUUCACCCACCUACGAACAGAAUAUAUGUUGUGCCAUUCAGUGUGCCAGGGGAUAUUGUAAAGGCGAAAGUCAUUACACAUUUUCCAAGAGACAAUUACUCUUUAGCAGACUUUGUUUCCGUGGUUCAACCAUCUCACCUCCGGGAUGAUAGUCGAGUAAACUGCAAAUACUUCAGCAAAUGUUCCGGAUGUCAAUUUCAGAUGUUAGAUUAUUCUGAGCAAUUGAAACACAAGAAAUCGAUUGUUGAGAAGGCAUACAAAAAUUUCUCUCAACUUCCAUCGGAACUUGUACCGGCCAUCUUGGACACCAUUGGAAGUCCAUUACAAUAUGAAUAUCGCACAAAGCUUACUCCACAUUUCGACGGACCACCAGGUUAUAGGAGUAGGUCAAACAGAAGGAGUGAUACCAAAGCUGCCUUUGAUAAGGUUCCAGAAAUUGGAUUCAUGCAGAAAGGGAAAAGGGCAACAUUGGACAUUGAGGAUUGUCCAAUUGGAACUGAUGCAGUAAGAAUGGGAAUGAAGCUUGAGAGGAAAAGAGUUGCAGAGGAACUCCAUAAAUACCAACGAGGAGCUACGAUUCUAUUACGAGAGAGCACCAAGAGGAUUUACAAAGGCGAUGCGGAAUACCAAGAAGAUAUGGAAACACCACCCAAUACCAUCAAAGUCACAACUCCCGAGUACACUGAUCUGAAAACUUGCAUUACGGAUAAUAAAGGGGAAUCAACAGAAUACAUUGACAAAUUCCUUUUCACCAGCAUUGCGGGAUCUUUCUUCCAAAACAACAAUUCCAUUCUUCCCGUUUUCACCCAAUACAUUCGAGACCAUGCUUUACCACCUCCAGGAUCCUACUCCCCAGACCUACCAAAAAUUCAAUACUUAAUCGAUGCGUAUUCCGGUUCCGGACUCUUCACCAUUACACUCUCAUCUCUAUUCAAAUCCUCAACCGGAAUAGAUAUCUCAGACGCUUCCAUCAUAUCUGCGCGUCGUAACGCUGAACUCAAUAAUUUAGAUGCAUCAAGAUGUAGUUUUAUGGCAGCGGAUGCACCAAAACUCUUCAAACAAGUCACUUAUCCUAAAGAUGAAACGGUGGUAGUCAUUGAUCCUCCAAGAAAAGGAUGCGAUGAGAGUUUCUUAAGUCAGUUAUUGAAGUUUGGACCGAGAAGAGUGGUUUAUGUUAGUUGUAAUGUUCAUACACAAGCGAGAGAUGUGGGGGUAUUGGUUAAUGGAAGCGAGGAGGGAGUUAGAUAUGAAAUUGAGAGCCUGAGGGGUUUCGACUUUUUCCCACAGACAGGGCAUGUGGAGGGGGUGGCGGUACUCAGCAGAGUUGAUGGGGUCGUCAAGGGUGGAGAUGCGGAGAUGGUUGAUGGCAAAGAAGAAGUGGCUAAAGAAGAACCGACCGAACCCGAACCAGCCAAGGAAGAACCGGUUUCCAUUGAGGUCAAGAUGUCAGAAUAG